AUGUUCAAAUACCUUGUAGCUCUUUUGCUCUAUUUUAAUAUUCAAGUUUUUGGAUUGAAUACAACUAUUGGAAAUGUAACUUCCGGAAACGAAUUGUGGUUUAGUUUGGUGCAAAACUGUAAAGAACCGACGGUUUCUUGUAUUAGAGAUACGAUACAUGAUUUUCUCAAAGACACAUUCGAUUACGAUCAGGAUGUUCAUUUUACUAAUUUCUUGAAGUUCUCAAAAAACAAUUUUAUCUACAAAGAUGUCGAUAAUGAGACUGCAACCAUUUCCGAGGAUUUACAUAAUGAAUCACCGUUUGAAGAAAUUUCAAGAUCAUUACGAGAAAAUUCUAAAAAGUUUUUUAUGACUCACGAUAUUGAAGUAUCACUUCCCGAGGAAUUUUUCCUUGGUAGUACACUAAAAGUGUCACCUCGCAGUUUUGAUACUAAUAGCACUUUUUUUAAAGUAGAACUAGUCCCAAAAGAUUUUUCACAAAGUGUAGGACAAGGAAGGAUAUUCAAAAAUCUAUUGGGAAAUCUCAUAAAAAAAUUCAUCACAGAUAGAUUACUGUAUGCUCUUCUCGCCGUUCUAGUGAUUAUAAAACUUCUAGCAGUAAACGUAUUAUUCUUCUUACCAUCGAUGUUGGGAGUAGUGACAGCUAAGAAAAUCAUCGUUAAAAUUCUUUUGUUCUUCUUCCCCGCACUACAUCAUCUUUUCAAAUUAUGUGCGUAUACACCGUAUGGAACCAAACAUCAUAUUCACAAGCAUCAAAUAGCACAUAUUCAUCAAGUGGCACCCGGAUAUUAUCAUCACAAACCUCACAUUGAAGAACACCAUUAUCACAAGCCUCAUAUAGAAGAAGCGGAGUAUUCUCACGACGAUUCGCAUCAUUUCCUUGAGGAUCAUGAUGAUUCACAUUACCACCAUAGUGGACCACCUCCUGAUGUUAGUCAUUAUCCAGAGUUUGCUAAUAAAGAUGACAGCCGUUAUGGGGAUUCAUAUCCGGCCGCUUCUUAUGGCAAUGAACUGUUCCACAAGAGUCCCGAUGAUAACGACGCUGAUCCAUGGGAUCAUACCAAUCAUCCAUCAAAACCAUUUGGAAAGAAACGUAUGACCGCAACGGAAAUUGAAAAUAUGGUACUGAAAGCAGAAAAAGAAGCUUUGAUUAAAUCUCGUCUACAAAAAGAAAGAUUGAGGAUACACAAAGAAAAUUUGAAGCUACAAGAACAACUGAACACUGCAAUCAAAAUGCAACAAAAGCUGAAAUAUCACGCUGCUUUAGUGGGCUCUAAGAAGAAUCCGGAUAUAAAAAAUAGCCAUCUACUGACUCCACUUAUUCCUCCACCACCCCCUGCAGCGACGAAUCAGUAUCCGAAAUCACAAUUCAUAAAAUCACCAGACUCUUCGUUUUUGAUUCAGCAUGAAGCAAAUUCACAACCUGGAGAAUUUGCUGAACCACCUAUGAACUACGUACCAACAGAAAAGUUUGUGACUCCGGCUACAAGUUACCUGGAACAAAUUAAACCGUCGCAAUCUUUGGAAGUUCAAUCUGCAUUGAGUGGAAAUGGAUUACCAGGGAAAACUAUUCAAGCAAUACAAAGUUACUUAAAGAAGAAAGUCAGUCAUAAUGAACAGAAUAUCUAUCCAGUGUAUCCAUCCAAUCAAGCUCAACUUUCCGCAACUCCUGAAAAUAAGACUGUUAAUAGUUUUCAAUCACCCAACGUGGCGUUGUCAAGAAAAUCCGCUGUAGUUAGUCAAACAAUUGUAGCAAGCGAUAGAAAAUCGGAUCAAUUAUCUCCUGAAGAAGAAUUUUAUAAAGCAGCCUCUAUUACAUAUGAUGCUUUUUACUCUCCGAUAUUAGAAAAAAUAGAUGCCAUUUUGAACGGUUUGAAAUUCAACGAAGAACCUUGCAGAGAAAGACUGAUUUGUAGUAUGUACAAGAAACCUGAGAAGUUCAGUCCACAUAGUAAUUUGAUUUCAGUAGAACUUAGUAGAGAUCAAAAGGAAUUACAGAAGCCCAAAGCAACAAACGCUGCUGUUAUUCGCUUUUACAAAUAUGUUCAAGCGGCUAGAGAUGGUCAAGACCAAAAGGACUGCAUCAGGCUUUAUCCCACUUGUUCUGUGAAUACAGAAAUUUAAUUUAUCUGGUUUUGUUAUAUUCAUUAUGUUGUUGAGAAGUUUAGAUUGAAUAAGAUCAUUUAUAUAAGUCGCUGUCAUUGUGAUAGGAACAUUUUCAAAGUGGACUUGUCCUACAAAACUUCAUUAGUUUAGUGUAGUACUUUAGUUUAUUAGUUGCUCAAUUUUUAAUGAAUAUACUCCACAAAUUUAGGCUAGUAAUAAUAUGUGUGCUAAAGAAAUUGUGAAAACAUAUAAUUUUCACUGGAAUUGUGUGCAUUUACCUUCAAAAUUUCCACAUCUGAUUAACGUUACAAUAAACCUUGUGGUAUAUAGUAGGAAAAUUUCGUUUCUCAUCUAUUUAAUAUAUGUAUUUAUACAAACUUUCAUCUAAAUUCAGAACUAUUGCUAGAACAUUAAGUUUUAAUACUCAGACGGUAAAAUGCUCAAGACAUCAAGAUGAAUUAUUUUGCAUAAUUUGGUAGAAAUUUGCUGAAAAUAAUAAUUCUAUAUUAAAUAAGAUUUGUGAGAAGUUUCAUUAUGAAAAGAAAAGGUAGAUUUUAGUAACAAUUAUCAAAGCAGCAAUAAUAGUAUCGUUUUGACACAAUAUGAAAACUUAUGUAAGUUCAAGAUUUUCUACUUGUAAAUCUUUUAAGUCAUUUGUGUUUAAUUAUUUAUAACAUGUUACGUACAUAUUUUACAAUAGAUUAAGAAGGUUUAUAUCACUUCUAUGUCAAUUACAAGAGCCGACUGUAACUAGUAUUAAGCUCUUGAUGUCGACAUGUCUUGUUAAGUUAUAUAGAUCUAUGGGUUAUGGUUUCGGGAAUAGAAUCUAAAGAAAUUAAGUUAAUUAAUGUAGUUUUGCGCAACUAUUGACAUUGUCGUUAUAUGUAUUAUUUGGGCUCAAAUUUUUGUGUGAGUAUCACGAUAAGGGAACUCAUAUUAAAACGUUGAUCUAUAAACAACAAACAAAAACUGGAAACAUUCGCGAUGACUUUCUUGAAUUUGUUAUGAAAUCAGUAAAGACAAUGUGAUUUAUCUAGGAAAAAUAAACUUAUCGUUACUUUUAGUGAAGUGACUCAAUAAUGAGACACCUACUUAAAGGAUAUUGCCUUUUAUGAUCAAUCCUGUUGCAAGAAAUUAAUGUAAGUACUUACCCCUAACAAUUAUUCUUCUUUUAAGAUACGAGUAAUCGAAAAUAAGUUUCGAAAAAUUACAUUUUUAGGACACCCAAAGAUUGUAUUUUAUUAAGUAGUUACUGCACUGUCAUUAUAAAAUCCAGCAAGUUUCAAUUUUGAAUGCUGUUAUUUGUAUAAAUAAAAGCUUUAGCAGGUAGUAUUUAAAUGUCCAAGAUAAUACUCAUACUUUGCUCAAAUAACAAUCACAAAAAUAAUGAGAAAAGUAGUUCAGAGAAUUUUUUUUAAUAAUGUCAAAUUUUAAAACAUUAUUAUGAGAUUAGUGAAGGCUUCAAAUUCAUAUACACAAUCUAUCAUUAGAAGGGUAUUAUUUCUCUGAAAUCUCUAAUGAUGGGACU